AUUAACCCAAUCAUCUUUUUUAUUAUUCUAUCAACUGUUAUAAUAGGAACUAUCAUCGUUAUAAUUAGCUCCCACUGACUACUCAUCUGAAUCGGAUUUGAAAUAAACAUACUCGCCAUCAUUCCCAUUAUAAUAAAAAAUCACAACCCACGGGCCACGGAAGCAUCAACUAAAUACUUCCUAACCCAAUCAACAGCCUCAAUACUAUUAAUAAUAGCCGUCAUUAUCAACCUGAUAUUCUCAGGCCAAUGGACCGUAAUAAAAUUAUUUAACCCAGUAGCCUCAAUGCUCAUAACAAUAGCCCUCGCCAUAAAGCUGGGAAUAGCCCCAUUUCACUUUUGAGUCCCAGAAGUAACACAAGGUAUCCCCCUGUCCUCUGGCCUAAUCUUGCUAACAUGACAAAAACUAGCACCCAUAUCCGUACUAUACCAAAUCUCCCCAUCAAUCAACCUAAACCUGAUCCUAACCCUGUCAAUACUAUCAAUUAUAAUCGGAGGUUGAGGAGGACUAAACCAAACACAGUUACGAAAAAUCAUAGCCUACUCAUCAAUUGCGCACAUAGGCUGAAUAACAGCAGUACUACCAUACAACCCCACCAUAACACUACUAAACCUAACCAUCUACAUCAUUAUAACCUCAACCAUAUUUAUACUAUUCAUAGCUAACUCCACCACCACCACCCUGUCACUAUCACAUACGUGAAACAUAAUGCCUAUCAUAACCGUCUUAAUUCUCAUAACCCUUCUAUCAAUAGGAGGGCUCCCUCCCCUGUCGGGAUUCAUACCAAAAUGAAUAAUCAUCCAAGAGAUAACAAAAAACGAUAGCAUUAUCUUACCCACCCUUAUAGCAAUCACAGCACUAUUAAACUUGUACUUCUACAUACGACUCGCGUACUCCACCACACUAACAAUAUUUCCCUCCACAAACAACAUAAAAAUAAAAUGACAAUUUUCCCUUACAAAACAAACAACCCUCCUACCAACAAUAGUUGUACUAUCCACCAUACUACUACCACUAACACCAAUACUAUCUCUGCUAGAAU